GACUUAAAUGCUAAAAACGUGAUGGCAUACAAUGCAAACAGAUAUCAACCAGACAGAGGUAGAGCUGUCCAUAGGCCAACGAACAGGCAUGGUGCUGAUAAGCCAUCAGUUCUGGGGUCCCAUCCAUCGACCACUGGCAUCCCACCAUCCCAGCCGACACAUUCUGCUGUGCGACAUGAACCAAGGUCUGGUGCGCAUGCGUCUCAGUCCAGAACCGCAAGCCUGGGCUUACAGACGCCAUUGACACACCGCUCACAGCCCAGUCACAGCAGGGUAAAAUCUGGUGGUGGUUCCUCUGCAAGAGACAGUGCUUGUUACACAAACUAUAGAGAUACAGCUUAUACUGACAGGGAUUAUGUCGGGCAAAGGGAUCACAGAGCCAGGCCAUCUGCAACGAGUGUAAAAUCUAGUGUUGCUAAACGUGUUAACAAAAACCAUACUGAUUACUGGUAUAAUGACAAUGGAAGGGACCAAGCUGGUUAUGGAAACUAUGGAGAUACAGAUUAUGGUCAUGAGGAUUAUGGCAGACAUGACAGUUAUGUAGAUGCAGCUAAUGUUCUGGAUGACAAUUUAGUUGAAGAUUAUGGUCAGGAUGAACAUGGUAAUUACCACGACUUUAAAACAGCCUUCUAUGGAAACGCUUCAGUAGAAGACCAAGAUGUGGAGGCUGAACAAGCAUGGGAAGAUGCUGGUGAAGAACAAUUGGGCCAUGGUGCUGCUGAUAAUAAGUGGGUCACAGAGAGAUUAGAAAUUGAUGGGACGUUCGCUGAAGCAAGCCCAGCUAAGCAUAAAGCUACCCGAAUUAGACAAUUUUCUGCAACAGGCCAUGAUUCUGUCCACAGGGACCACAAAGCAUGGCAGGGGAAAAAACAUUUGCAGGUGAAAACAUUCCGGCAAUUGGAUCAAGAGUUAUCACAUCCCUCUUCUGAUCACCCCAUUCAAACCCACAGGAAGUCCCAUUCCAGGGAAAGUGUUUUUGAUGCUGCUCUUCAAGUGAGUAAUCAUGUGAAUCAAGUUUACAGGAGAACCCCGUUGUCUCAAGAAGCAUCGCCUUUACCAACAUAUGUUCCUGGUUUAAAUCGAUCAUCAGAAGUGACCCAGAGGCAUGUCUCUCAACAUGCUCAGGAGAAAACACUGGUCACAUCUCAAAGGCCUGAAUCAAAGAGCUACGUAGUAGAGUCUACAUUAUUUUCUGCAAACAAAAAAGGACUUUUACCAGAUCCUACAAAUUUAAAUCCAAUGCCAUUACCCUUAAAGAAGAAAAUGGAUCUACCUGAUCCAACAAAGGUGAACCCUAUGCUUUCAAAAUCUUCACAAAAAGAUUACAGGCAUAAUCAUUCAACAGUCAAAUCUCCAUUACUUCCAACACCAAUUGUAAAAAAAGCAACGAUACCACCAGCCAUGGAUAAUUUAAGGAAGAUGAGUAUCAGCCAUACAGAUGUUAUUGAAAUCAACUCUGAUAAUGAAGUGACUGUUGUGAAAGGUUAUAAUGAAAAUACUUCUAACAAAGAUUCUCUGAAACAUAUGAAUCAGGCUAGGGAAUUUCAAUGCACUAAGAAUCAGUAUGGAAAAAAAGUUGAUAAGUUAUCUUGUCAAAGUCAUGAUGUCUCUACUUUUGCGUCACUAAAACCUAAGUGUUCUGAAGAGUAUUCUCAUACAGGUGAUGAACAAAUUAAAGAAAAGAGUAAAUUUGUAAAAGAACAUACACCAAAUUCCAAUGUUCUCUUAAUAUCAACACAAGUGGAAAAAGAUGUAUUUGAAUAUUCACAUAAACGACAACAUAAAGUUUUAGUUAGGAAACCAUCAAUAGACAAUAUGAAUGCCAAUUCAAAUGUAAAAGAGGGACGUGGAGUAAUAAACAAGAAGCCAAAUGAUGUUUGCAGCAUCUAUGAAAGCAAAUUGCCAGUUGUAGUGGAAUAUGGUCAUGGUUCUGCUGCCGGUAUAUUGUCAAACAAUGUCCUUCAUGGAAGUGACAAACAGCCUAAAAUAUUCUCUCAGCAUACACCUUUGAUUUGUGAUGUGGGUCUAAAGAUGAAUUGUUCCAAUAAAGAGCUAGAUGUUAGUUUGAGAUCAGUUAGCACACCAGUUAGCGAGUUCAACUCCAAAGCAGUGGAUGAUGAAGCUAAAAAAAGACAGCUUGAACUUAAUGCAGCACUUUUGGCUCUUCAGGAAACAAUUCAAAAGGUUGGACAAGCAUUGAAGAUUAACAAAGUACCUGAAGUGAAUUCCAGUCCUGCGUCUGACAAUAAAAGUUUUGAUAAUAUUUUAUCACAAAAAUCGUCAACACUAACUAUUAAUGGAAAAGAAGACUAUAUUGAAAAAGUUGACAAAGAAGACAAUGCCAUGUCUCUAAUUGAAGAUUCUGAAAUGGAUAAUGGACCGGGUGAGCAUGAAGAUGAAAUUUGUGUUACAAACAAAGUGGAUAUGGCAUCAAAUUCUGCUGUAAAUGACACUGCAGCUCUAGAAACAAAUGGUCGACAGGGGAAACCAGUCACAGAUAAAACUAAUUGUAUGAGUCAGGAAAUAACACCAGUGGAUACAACUAAACCAAUAAGUUUAAAGAGACAAACUUCUAAUGAAAGUGUAGGCAUGGCAGAAAUGACUUGCACUGAAACAAAACAGACUGCAAAUGUAGCAGAAAAUAUAAAUUUUGACUCCCAUAAUGUCAAUGAUACCAAUAAAAGUUCAGAUGGUAAAAUAGAAUACAAGACAUACAAGGAAUGGAAAACUGCAAAAAUGGCACAAGAAGCCAAAGUUAAGGGUUCAAGCAGUGUUGAAAAUGAAAGAAACCAAGAGACAAGAAGCAAAGGUGUUGAGAGUGUAAGAGAGAAUGGAGGAAGUAGCAAGUCUUUUCCUAAAUAUCACAGAGAAGAAAUGGUAUCUUCAAGAGCUGCCACUGAUGCAUCAAAAUAUAGCCAUAGUAAAAGCAACGAUCAUAGAAGAGAAACAGAAAGAAGAGUUGACCAUGAAAGGAGAAAAAAGUCAUAUGACGACAUAAGAGAUCAUUCAUUAAGUGGAAGACGUAGAGAAUCACAGGAACAUGAAAGAGAUCAUAGAAGACAAAAUAAGAGGAAUGAUGGUGAUGCUUCAAAGAAAGCUGAAUCGUCAGUUUUGAAAAGGGACAUUAAUCCAGAGGAGGGUUGUGAUAGUAGAAAAACAAAUCAAACCAAUCAAGCAUCUCAUAAACCUGUAAGGCACUUCAGUAAUUUUCUGGAUGAACUUAGAGAUUCUCAAUCAGCAGAAGAACAUUCAGACACACGUAGCAGCAUUAAAGUGAAUGAGUCUAAUCUGGUCAAAAAAGAGGCUGUUGUUGGGGAGCAGUUCAUUCAAACAUUAGUUGCAAAACGAGGUGCCUAUGCAAGUUAUCUUUCAGAUGAAAGUUCGUCAGCUGAAAAGUCCACUCUUUCUAUUGCUGACAAAAGUACAGUGAUUAAAGCAGAAAAUAUUUCCCAUGUUAAAUCAGGCAAUGAAAACAUUCAGUUUAAAGAAACAAAGAUAAUUGUUGAAAAGCAUUCAGACGAAUCAAUAAAACACGAUUCAAAGCAAGAUUUAAAUGAAAAGGAGACAAAUAUAAAAGGCGAUAUAAAUGUAAGAGAUAGGAAAGACAGAAAAAGCUCUUCAGAGGGAAAACUACAUACUAAAAAUUCUGGAAAAGGGGAUAAACAUGAAAAGUAUAAAAUUGGUGAAAAAGAAGAAAGUAAUCAGACAGAUUUACCCCUGAGUAAACCUACCAAAAAAAUUGCCCGGGAUGUAAACUCAUCCCCUUGUGGACAAAUAAAAAAGCAGUGCUCCCUGAAUUUAGGAAAGGAAAAAGCAACAACUGACCCAGUAAGAAAUGAUAAGAAAGAUAAUGUUGGAAGUAAUAUGAAGUUAGAAUCAUCUGUAGAUCCCAGCACACCAGAACGAGUUUUUGACAGUGAUUCAAGUUUAAAUGACUUUGAUUUGAAAACAUCAAUACCAUUGUCCAAACAAUGGAACAGGUGUAUUUCAAAAUCUGAGGGUCAGAUUAAAACUGAAAAUAGGUCUGAUAUAGCUAAGAAAUUAGUAGUUAAGCUUGUUGACUUAAAAGACAAUCAACAGUUUAAAGACAAACUAUUUUUCUUUGAUAAAUGUAUUUCAAAUACCAAACAUGAACAACUACUCUCUGCACAAAAUGUCAACAAUACAGCUGAUUUAAACAGUCAGAAAGGACACGAAUUGAAACAGCAUGACGAAAGAAAUGUAAGGCACUCACAAAUUUCUGCUCAUAAAUUUGUUGAACACAAAGAAAAUGACAAAACUAGAAAACAUGACAAGUCAAAGGAUGGCAACAAAGUUUAUGAAUUAGAAGAAAAAGAAACACAUGAUAAAGGUUUAAAUAUUGUGGUCAAACAUGCAACUGAAAUUGAGAUGACAGAUAAAUCAGACAAGACAAUUAGAUAUUCUGAUAGCAACAAUUCGCGCAAAAGACAAAAAUCAAGUUCUGAGAGUAAGUCUUCCAGCUCAAGUUUGAAAAAAAAUCAAUCAAGUUACUUGUCAGAAUCUCAAAAACAUCAACAAAAAGGCAAGGAAAAAGAUACAGGAUCAAAGGAAAGCAAGAAAAUUGAUGAAGAUCAGAUGAGGAGCAUUACUCAAAAGAAAGGUGAGGUAAAUGAAAGAAAUAUGUUUUCAUCAGACUCUGAUGAUGAUUCUCAAAGCAGCAUCUUUGCAAAAAUAAAUUCUUUCCUUAACAGAGACAGGCGGAAGCUGCUUUUAAAAAAGACAACACAGAAAGACAGAAAACCUUAUACAUCAGAAAUUUCUCUCAAAGCUAGCAACAUUUUUCAGUCAGAUGACAAUGUUUCUGAAACCUCUUCAUCAGAUAUUGAAGUUGAUAGCAAGAAAUUUAAUAAAGAAAGUCCAAAGCUGCACAGUGUAAAACAUUUAAAAAGGAUAAAUGAUAAAACUGUGUGGAAAGGUACAGUUUUGAAGUUUCCAAAUAUAAAAAUAGAGAAUUUGAAUGAAAACAGUAUGAAAGAAUUAAGUAAAAAGCUAAGAAAAGGCGAAAAUUCAGUAAGUAAGAAAAAUAUUAAUAAAUCUUUAGAGGAAGAUAAAUCAAGUGACGUACUGAACAGUGAUUUUGAAAUAAAUAUAGUUGAAGAAAGUGAUCAUUCCGACGAGGUUAACAUCUUAGUGGAUGCUCAGAGUAAUUCGAGCAAACAUGUUUCAACAAGUUCAGAAAUAUCUUUUAUCAGUUCACCUGAAAUUUCUAUGUUUACUGGGUCUGAAAUUGACUGUACAGACAGAAAUGUUUUUGAAAUGUUAGGUCUUCCAGAAACAACAGUUGAUGUGUAUCAAGAUGAAAAUGCAAACCUUCAAUGUUACACUGCUGUUCCUAACACCACAGAAAAUGAAAGUGCCACUGCUCCAGCUAACAGUGGUAAAACUGGUUUAAAUAAUGCGGCUACAUUUAAAGUUUGCAUUCAAACAAUAGCAAAUAGGGACACUUUUGAUAUGCAAGGCAGGAAGACAAAAACAAAUAAAACAAGCAAAACUUUGUCUGAAACAAAUCUUGUUUCAUUGCCAUCAAUUUCUAAUAAUGCAAUAAAUUCUGGUGAUAAAUUAAAAACAAUCAAUAUGGCGGACAAUUUUCGAAAUAGUGAUGCUGAUGUUAUAAUCACAAAGCCACAACUAAACAGGGUUGAUUCAAAUGCAACCACAAUGUCUGAAACAAGCGUUUCAACAGUAGAUGAUGCUGGCUAUGUUGAAAUAGAUAAUGGUUCCAGCGUUGAAAUGGGCUUGGAAUAUAAUAUUGAAGAACAGGAUGAGACAGUACUGGGUGCUUUGGAAAAUGCUCUUUGUGAGCAUUUUGAAAUGGAAGAUGAAGAAUUGGAGUAUGAUUCAAACCAAAAUAUGGUUGAGCAUACUGGUGAUUCAUAUACACUCAAUGAAACAAUAAAAGAUUCAAGCUUUGUCAGUGAUGGAAGUUCAAAUGAAUAUCAGAAUUCAACCAGCAUUGUUGGUUGUAAGGAAGAGCUGCAAAUAGCAUCCACGCACAAUUCUACAGAAAAUAAUUGUCCAAAUGGUAUUUCCUGUGAUGAUAAUAACAAAAUGAAUGUUCCUUUAACAAGAAAAAAUAUUUUCAAAAAGAACGAUGACAAGAAUUCCCAACAUGAAAAUAAUCCUGAAGAGAUCUUAAUAAGCGCUGAUUUUGGUGAAGUGAAAAGAAGUAAUACAUGUACAACAUUACACUCAGAUAUUGAUGCUAUAAUGGGAGAAUCUUCAUCAAUUCUACUGGAUGAGUCAGGAGAUGAGGGUGACAUUGAGGACAACGUUCCGAUAUUAAACCUUGUAGUGCCUUUGUCUGAUGAUGAAGAUUUCAGUCAAUCUCAAGAUCUCUUUGCUGACAUAGAAAAACAUUUUGACAAAGAUAUAGAAAAACAUGUUGACAAAGACAUUAAAACAUCUAAAGAUGACAUUAAGGGUAAACAGUCUAGUGCUGAUUUAUCAAAAACUGAAUUACAAACACAGAAUGAUGACUGUCCUAACCAAAAGGAGGAUGGAAACCCUUUGGAGCAAGGUAUUGCAGGUUAUCCAACAAGAAUCAUCAAUGAUAAUGUGGAGUUCCAUGCUGGGAACAACACCCCAGAAACUGAUCAGAACAUGCAUGAAUUUGCAGAAGGUCAGUUUGAUAUAGAAGUAAAAGACGAGCCAGUUUGGUUAAAAUUUGGUUACACGCAAGAACCUGAUACUAUCUUUCUAAGUGACACUGAUGAUGACCUCAUUAUGUCCAUUUCACAGCCUGUGAUUAACUUAGUGUCCAGUGAUGAAGAAUCGCAUAAUGGAACGAGAAGUACCAAGAAUGCUACAGAGUCACAAGGCUUUGUUGUUAAAGUGAAGCAGGAGAAAGAUGGCCUUAGCGGAGACUCACAAACUAGGAAAACUUAUGGGGAAAAUGACGUUGAGAAUUUUUCUGAUGACUGGUCUGAUGAGGGAAGUGAUUUUGAUCCUGAUGAUAUUUUCAACCCAAGCCAAAGUCUGUUGUAUACUUCCAAGAUUACUGAUGAUGAUAAUGAAUCAAAUAUUUCUUCAGAUGAAGAUAUCUUUUUGUCGCAAGUCCCAAAAGAAAGUGCAGUUUAUAAGCAAGAGCUGAAAACUGAAGAGCCAUGCCUAGACAUGCAUAAUUAUGAUUCAGAUGAAAAGAAUGAUUUUGAAUCUGAAGAUGAUGAUUUUCUUGUAGAUGCUUUGAUGUCAGUCCAACAAAAGAAGGUCAUCAAUGCUGCUGUUGGAAUGAAAGACAUAACUGAUGGUGAGAAACUGAAAGUUUUCACCAAAAAAGAAUAUAAUAAAACAAUUAUUUUAGACGAGUCCAAUGCUCAAAUAGAUGGUGAUGAAAUCAGUGACAAUGAGAUGCCUGUGUUUGAUUAUCAUUCUGAACAUUUCUUUCAAUCAGAUACUAUCAAAAGCUGUGAUGAAAAUGAAAGCUCUGGAGUUCAUAUAAAUGAAGUAAAUAGAACUACUGCUGAGAAUAAAUAUGAUAAAAACAUCAAUUCUGGGGAAAUUACUAGCACUCUGACUAACCAAAACAUUGAUGAUAUCACUGAUCUUUCCCGGUGGAAAGAAAUUGUACAGGAAGAAGUAAAUAAGAAUAAGAUAUCAAGUACAUGUACCAAAGAUCAUGAACUGUCAGAUAUAGAACUCUCUGAUUAUGAAUUUGAUGACCCACAAAAAGCUGCAUACAUACAGGAUACACAAGUAGAAACUAAACGAAGGUUCUUGUCUGGAAAUAUAGAACUCUCAUUCUCCAGCUUUUCUGAUGAAGAAAAUAAGGAUUUAUAUAGUGAAACUACUCAGGUCAUUCCUGAAACAUUAAGUGGUAAGGAUAAUUAUGCUGUUGACCAUUUCUAUGUGCAAACACAAGUUGAUUCAUCUUGGAAGGGCAAAAAGUAUUCAAAUAGAUUGAAACCUUUUACUGAUACUGAUGAAAAUACUUUCAAUGCAGAGAAAUAUUGCAGUCAGAUAAAAACCGAUUCAUUGAAAGAGAACAAUGCUUAUGAAAUUUCAACUCAGAUUAACAAACAUCUAGAUGUAUCCCACAAUAUUUCAACUGGUAUUGACUUGAGAAAACAAGAUCUUAAAAAGGCAUAUAAUACACCUACGCUUAUGGAUGAUCUUGUUUUUACUUCUGAUGAGGACAGUAGGGGAAGUGCGGGCUCAAAGCAAAGUGAUCGGACCACCAAUUCAUCCAAAAAAAAAAAUGUUGAAAAAGGAUAUAAUACCCAAACACAGAUUGAUGACCUUGUGCUUUCUUCAGAUGAGAACCAUAGAGAAAGUGAUGCCUCUAAGCCAGGUAAACUGACUGUGAGUAACCUUGCUACUGGUGGCAAAUACGUGACAGCUACUCAAGUUAAAAAUACUAGUGAUAAUGAUGAUGAUCCGUAUAGUGCUGCUACACAAAUUGAUGUAACUGAGCAUGAUUUGCUUGAUGAAGAUAAUGAUGAAAAGUAUUUUAAUGCAACUCAGAUUGACUCAGAUGGUGAUACAAUCAAGGUGGACAAAAGAGAUCAUUAUGAUGAAAGAUAUUUUGAUGCCACUCAGAUUGACUCUGGAGAAGAUGAAAAUACUAUGAAUGACAACAAUUAUUAUACGUAUGGAAUGGAAACUCAGGUUAUAAACAUAAGUGACAGCAAUAGUGAGAGCAGUGCUGAUGGCUGGGUGGAAACUCAACUAGAUGAUGAUUUAGAUCUUGAUGACUUACCCGACGUGGGGGAUGGAAUGAACCCAUACCAAAUAGCUACACAAGCUGUUACAAUGGAGGCAGUAAUUGACAAACAAGUUGAGCCAACUUCUGAUGUAGCCCCAUCAGCUAGCCAGCUAAAACGUUCCAGAAGUGAAAUUCAAUCUGAAUCCUCAGAGCAAAGUACUGCUACAGCUAAGAAGCCUAGGCUUUCUUUAUCAUCGAAGCGAUCAGUUUGUUUUACAGAACCACAGAAAAUCAAAUCUAUUGCAGAAAAGUGGGCCUCUGGAGUACUUGUUGGUAAAUCUGGAAAUAGCCUUAACUCCACAAGUACAAGCGGCACUGCAAAAACUAUUGAAGGAAAUUACGUGACCAUGUUAGAUGCAACAAAGGCCAGCAUGUGGCUGUCAAAGAAGGUGAUUUCAACAAAAGAAGGCUUCAAGAUUGGAAAAGGUAAAGCAGGAAGGAAAAAGCGUGGAGAGAGUGUGGAAGAUAAACUGAAGGCAAAAAUGGCAGAAGCAAGAAGCCAGUUGAAAGAACGGAACAUGCAUACCAAAGUCAACCCUGGAAUUAUUCCUGAUAAACACAGACACCGAGAGAUUCCCAGUACAGCUACUGAUGUGGAUGAUGUUAACUUGCCCACAUGCAGCCAGAUAGUAGAAAAGGGUCUACCAAUUCUUAACUCCACAGGCCUGCUUACUAGAAAACGCCAUGCUUCGGCAGAAGUUUUGAGCUCUUCAGAUUUAUGCACUAAUACAAGGACAGCCACAGCAGAUAUAUCUAUUGCAAGCACAACAAUCUCAAGUGUCCCUAUAGCAACCACAUCAGUUGUUAGUUUACCCAGGACCACAGUUUCAGAUACAGUACCUAAACCAAAAAUAUCUGGUGCUGACUUCAUGAUUGGCAUUCCUGAUCAGCAAAGAGCCCAUGAACUGACUUCAUUUGGAAAAAACAAAGAUGACAAAAGUGCAGUAAAGAGGAAAGAUUCCACUGAAAGUCAUGAAAAAGAAAACUCGACUGAAGUUAAAACAAAAAGAGUAAGAUUUGAAUCAGAGGAUCCUAAGAAACAUGAAACUGUUGGUAGGCAAAGACACAAAACUGAUUCGCAUAUCAGAGUUUCUGGUAGUCAAAAUUUUAAAGAAAACAGAGUGAAAAGUGUUAGUACUUCAACUGAUAUUCAAGUGCCCACUACUAAAACUUCACAGGAUCUUCAAGUGCCCAGUGUUCCAAUUUCAAACGACAGUGCAAUUACGAGCAGUAUUACUUCAACGAAUAUUCAAAUGCCUUAUAGACUUAUUUCAAAUGAUAUUUCUCGGGUCAGUAGUGCUUUUAGAUCAGGGGCUGUUACAAACGCAACGUCAGUGCCUUCUGUGCCAACUGAUAGGCCAAGAAGUAGACCUCAGAUUAGUCAUAGUACGUCUACACAUGUGCCUUCAGAGCUUCUACUUAAGAAAUCAAGUUAUGUUCAACCAGCAGCCAUGCCCCCCAGCUCUGUUGCCAACUACAACAUCAAUUCAUCAAGCGACUGUCAUGUGAUUAGUAGUACAGGGCAACCACAAGGGAGACAACCCUUUCAGCCUCUUCAGCAAAGCACGACACAUAUAGCGACUUUCUCGUCGACCAAUAGGGUGAUGAUGCCUCUCAAUAUGGUGGACAAAAAUCUGAUGUUACACUGGGACGACUUCUUGAAGGAUAUCUUGAGGUGGAAUCCAGAAUGGUUUGAUGAAAAAUUGAAAUUUGAAAAUGAUGGAAAAUCAAAGAGAGUUGCAGCACCGCCAGUUACCAGUAGCAACCAAGCAUUGUUCCCACUUUUGAGGCGUUACCAGAGCUACAAGGAAUACACCGUGGACUUCAUGUUGCCACUAUUGCUGCAUGAGACUUGGGAAACUUGUUACAAUGACUGGCGAGAAAAAAAUGAUAAGAAAGCUCGCCACCAAAUGAUGUUCUCCCAUUCUGAACCGCACAGGGUGAAAGCGAUUGCUGUUUACAUUUUGCAUGGCCUUAUCAGUGAAACAGAGUGUUUCCGUGGUAACUACAUCAAUGAUGGUGACCUAGUGAAGCUGGUGGUAAACGGUAAAAUGGAGUUGGAGAACGGAGUAAAGAACCUUACCUACAAGAUGACAGGUUACCUGGAAAAGGUCACCUUUAGAAAUAUAUCCGUGGAGAAACUGUGUGCCCACAAUGCAGAUAUGGCCAAGUUGAGACCAAGCAAUGCGAUCUCGAUGACGAUGCACAUUUUGAUUCGAUUGAGGAAAUUUUGUCCAGAUGAGAAACAUCUUAUUACUUUAGAGAGGAUCAGCCCUUUGGUGAACACGCGGCGCCAGUUCACUGCCCUGUCCUGCCUUUCACGGAACCCUCUUUGCCCUCACCUGCUCUUCCCCACUGGCAAUACAACGUAUUGCGACCUGGCGCCACCCAGUAUUGCAGGGGUCCAUGAUAAAUACAACACAAGCCAGUCUCGUGCCAUUAACACGGUAGAGAAGAUAUCCAAACUGCCAGACAACCUAGCUCGUGUGGUGCUUUUACAGGGCCCGCCUGGUACGGGCAAAUCUCACACCAUCAUUGGCGUCAUCAAGAGGAUUGUGCAGAGCAGCAAGGGUGGAGCUCGUAUCUGCUUGUGUGCACCGUCCCACUCUGCGGUAGAUGAGUUGUUACGAAGACUUGUAAGGCUCAACAAGGAGGGUUCACAAUCUGGGUCCUGUGAUCCAAUCCGGAUAAUCCGCCUGGGCAAACAUUGCAGCCCUGAUAUUAAGGAUCUGCUGCUAGACACACAGGUCAACAAGGCAAUUCAUAAAGAGCUUGUGGAGCAGCGUCUGAGUCAGUUGCCAGCCAGCAUUCAAGGCGAGCGCCACACCCUUGACACCAAGAUAGGCACGCUCAAGAAACAGCUCGCAGCUAAACAAGAUCAGAUGCAGAAAAUGAAAUUGAAGAACGACCUGAAGAAGUUGGAGAAAGAGAAACAUGUUAUAGACAGCAAGUGUGCAAUUGACACCUCUAAGACACCUAUCGAUCCUAGAAAGGAGCGUGAAGUGCGACAUCGCCUCAUCAUGGGUGCCCACGUGGUGGCAGGGACGCUCAGCAGCAUGGGAAGCCAGGCAGUUAAGAGUCUAUUCAGUGUCCAUGCAGGACAGGACAAGCUGGCAUUCACGUGCAUCAUUGUGGAUGAGGCCACUCAGGCUAUAGAGCUGGACACGUUGAUCCCCCUGCAGUAUGGCAGCACCAAGCUUGUCCUUGUUGGCGAUCCAGAGCAGCUGCCUCCAACUGUCCUGUCACAGACUGCCUUGGAUAUGAAAUUCAACAUGUCCUUGUUUGAGAGACUGGACGGUCAUUUCAAGGACAAGGACAGCAGCCCAGUGAUUCUACUGGACGUUCAGUACAGGAUGGAUCCUGAGAUAGCCUUCUUCCCCAACCAAUACAUAUACACUGGGAGGAUCAGGAAUGACAAGUGUGUGAUGGACCGUUCAACCUUCCCACUGGUUCCCUAUCUGCUCUUCAACAUUUUGGAGGGGAAAGAACUCUUCUCCCAACACUCAAGAUCUAUGUCCAAUCAGAUGGAGGCAGAGUUUGUAGCAGAGCUGUGUCGGUGUAUAGUGCACAGCAAAUGCAAGGUCACAGAGAAGAUGAUUGGUAUCAUAGCCCCCUACUCAAAGCAACGAGACGAGAUAAGUGACAAGCUUAAACACAGGAGGCUGGAGACUAUAGAGGUUUGCACUGUGGACGGGUUCCAAGGUAGAGAGAAGCAUGUGAUCAUCAUGUCAUGUGUCAGAGCCAACCUUGGAAAGAAUGUUGGGUUUGUUGGCUGUCGGAAGCGUAUGAAUGUGGCAUUGACUAGGGCUAAAUAUGCCAUGUAUAUUGUUGGACAUUUCCAAUCACUAGAGGGCAAUGAUGAAUGGAAUGCCAUGGUCACCGAUGCCAGAAAUAGAAACAAGAUUGUCGCGGUGGAAGAGUCGUCAUUGGCGACGGCUUUGAAAUCGUGCUUUAAACUGGCUUCUUGAACCGACAGAAGAUAACAGUUUGGGUACAAAGUUAAGGAAAAAGAGUGGGAAAAAGUAAUGCCGACCGUACAUAAUAAAAUAAUUGUUCUUGAUAGCUCAUGGUCUGUAUUUCAGAAAAAAAGCCUGACGGAGCAAUUUUGGUUAUUAUGAUUUAUCAUGCAGCUUGGAUCAUUGAAUUUCCGAAAAACCAAACUGAAAGUGACACACAACCUGGGUUGUGAGUUAACUUAUAGGCAGCAUAAACACAUUACAUGUGUUUAUGUAUAUAUAAGUUCGAAGCAAAGUGGUUGACUUCAUGAGACGAUUCUGUGAAAUCCACUAUUCCUCAUAGAACCAAGCUCUGCUGGUUGUAGAGAUUAUUCCGAUACAUUUGUAUGAAGACAGUGAAUAAUAUUAUAUGUGGUUUGUGGCUGAGAUAAUUGUCAUGUGGAAUAUAAGGAGAGCAAUAAGAAAUUUGUGUAAGGUUUGUUGGAAUUGUUUGAGUUUAAGUUUGAUUAUACACUCCAUAACUAGUACUUAACUACAUGUAUGUAGAACAUAUAGAUAAACUGAGUUACCUCUUACGUUAUAACCAAUAAAGUUCCUAAUUUAUGAUACAUCCAUUAAUGUACUUAAUUGUUGUACAUGUAUAAAAUUACUGAUUUUUGGUACACUGAUGAAUGUACCAAUUACAGGUACAUCCAAUAAAGGUACUGAGAUGUGGUACAGCAAAUUUAUUACUGCAUGUUGGUACACUUAUUAAAAGUAUUUUGUUAUGCUUCACUAAAUUACCAAUUUAUUGGCAUCACAACCACGUCAUUCUGUGAUCUCUGUUGUUGUUGGGGUUUUUUUUGGAGGGGGGCUUGCUGAAAUAUGUUGUUGUAGUCAUAUGACUGUUGGAAUGCAGAUUACUACUACAUAUCGUUUAUAGCAUGAGACUGUGUUAAGUCAGUUUGAGUAAGUACUUCUUAGUACUUAAGACUGACACAUCUUUGGGCGAGAUUUAAAAUCAUUUAGAUACGAUAAGACGUUUGAAGACUUGUUUUGUAUAUAUAUGAAGUUGUGUUAAUAUGUACCGCUUUAGUGAGUAAUUUGGUAACAUAUGUAAAUAAAGCACCAUUUUCUGUAAUGUUUGUGUAUGAUUAUUUCAUUGUUUUUUCUGAAGCAGCUAGUCAUUGACAAUGUUCAUUGUUUAUUGUGUGAUUACAGUAUUGUUGAUGAUUAUCCCUUUACCACUUAGAUAUGUAUUUUGAAGCAUGUGUAGUGCCUUAGAAAGUUUAAUUUAAUUAAAGGCCUUUCUUACUAGAUUCAAGUUUUUAAGGCUUCUUCUCCAAACCUUAGAUAUUGAUGAGCAGCAAACAGCAUAAAACCUGAACAAAAUGUUACUUAUUCGCAAGCUGUUCUGGUUUUAUACUGUUUGCACAAAGCCAUUUUCACUUUGUUUCUUAUAGUGUGAAAGGGUUAAAUGUUAGUGUAUGCAUUUAACUGGUUUCGAGAUUAAUUCAAAGUUUUUUAAACAUGUUUUUUACGACAAUACUUUUGUAACUCAGAUUAAUUGUGACUCAUUAAGUGCUACCUAUGUAUGUUGGAAAUUGUCUUUUUUCACUUUUAAGACAUUUGUGUGUUGUUGUUUAUGAAUGUAUGAACUUAAACGUGUCUUUUCAAAGACUUGAUAGACCUUUACUUGUUAGAAUUGUUUGUAGUAACAAUGCUUUAACUCUUAUUAAAAUAUAAUCUGUCAAACAAUAUUUUUGCAAAUUUAACUAUCUUUUGGAGCUAAUACAUGUAUCUACCAAAAUGGUACAUGUGUUAACACUCUGAAGGUACCUUGCAACUUUACUUGUCAUCUUUUUAUGUCCCCCAGUAUUGUUUUUGCCCUGUCUGUUGGUUGGUUUGUUGGUUUGCAUCAAACUUUAACAUUUGCCAUAACUUUUGCAAUAUUGAAGAUAGCAACUUGAUAUUUGGCAUGCAUGUGUAUCUCAUGGAGCUGCACAUUUUGAGUGGUGAAAGGUCAAGGUCAUCCUCCAAGGUCAAAGGUCAAAUAUAUGGGUCAAAAUUGCUCAUUUACUAUACACUAUAACUUAGUAACGACUUCUCAAAUGCAUAUGGAACUGCACAUUUUGAUUUGUACAAUGUUAAGGUCAAGGUCAUCAUGAAAGGUCAAAGAUCAUUUACAAAGGUCAAUUUUCAUUUUAAAUAUGCCAAAACGUCAGUACCACUUUAUACAAAAACUUUAUAUUUGACAGGCAUGUGUUACUCAUACAGCUGAACAUAUUAAUCAGUGACAUGUCAAGGUCAUCCUUCAAGGUCAUAUACUUAAAAAUGCCUAAACUUUUUUUAACAAUUGUACAUAGCAUGUCAAACAUUUGCCAUAACUUUUGCAAUAUUGAACAUAGCAACUUCAUAUUUGGCAUACAUGCGUAUUUCAUGGAGCUGCACAUUUUGAGUGGUGAAAGGUCAAGGUCAUCCUUCAAGGUCAAGGUCAUCCUUCCAGGUCAAAGGUCAAAUAUAUUGGUCAAAAUUGCUCAUUUAAUAUACACUUCAUAGCAACUUGAUAUUUGGCAUGCUGGGGGGCAUAGUGUUUCUCAAUUACAUCUUGUUUAUAAUAUAGAUCAAAUAUAUAUGGACAAUCACAUGUAUUGGUUUCACUACUUAACUUUAAAAUGCAAGAACAGUACAUUUUGCAUUAAUUUCAUAAUUCAUGUAAGAGUUAUACAUUACUGGUACCUUUGGUCUACUUGUGUUGAAAUGACAGUUUAAAACAUUUUCAAUACAGUUUCCAUUUAGAGAAGUUUUUUUUUAAAUGCUCAGAUCUACCUACUGACUACAUGCAUGUUUAAUUACGCUGAUACACGGUUGUUAUUGGUUAAUAAGACACUUUAGGUAUGACAAAAAAUACUGCAGACUCAAUCUGGGAAAACCUGGCCUAUGUCUAUGCAUGUGCGAAAAGUAUAGUCUCAGAUUCGUGGCCGUUAAUCACGCGCGCCACCUCUUUUUGAGAUAUAUUAAUAAAUGAGCCAAUACUACUUCCGAGGUGGCGCUCAGGUGCGGAUGUUUUGAAAUUUAACGGAUAAUUUUACAGGGCUGUAAGGAUAAAUAUGUUUUUCAACAAAUUUCGCAUUAUUUUAUAAUAUCGGCCAAUGUAGUGCGAUUCAGCAAUUAUAAAUGCAUCUAAAAAUGUACAGAAACAUAUAAUCACAACCCAUUUUGAAACGUGAGGACCUUUAUAAGUUGUGGCAUGGUACAUUUCGUAAAAGCAAAUCAAUGUUUUUUGCCUGUGUGACGAGCAAAUUCCGAGCCAAUUAAAUCACUCAGUACAUAAAGCAAUUGCUUUGAACCUGUACAAUUUAAUAAGUGCACAACAACAUCGGCUUCUAGUCGAUCUAAUAGAUAAAUUUGCAUUUUUCCAAAAAGAGAUGGAACCAAUGCCAAGGAGGUGGCGCUAAGAUUAUGAGGUGGCGCCAAUGCACAUGUAUAGCUAUUUUAAAGUAAAAUAUUUUAUGUAAUGGUUUCUAUUAUAUUUACAGGGCUUACAUUAUUUUUUGUAAGUUGACUACUUCAGCACAUUUGAGUCACGUGCUUUUUUAAUUAGAAAAAGUAGUUUGAGAAUAUUGGAUUUAAAUUUUAGUCUUUGUAAGAUAUCAGCAUUUAACAUGUAUUAUACAAAAAGUUAACGGAAAAAGUUUGAGCUAUUUUAUUAUUAUUAUUUUAGAGUUGAUAGUGGGAAAAACAAACAUAUAUAAGCCUAAUUAAGAUUCUUUGACCUUGGUCUUUUAGUAAAUUAAGCAUUUGGAUUAAGGGCCACAAAUCAUCAAUUCAAGAAGUAGUAUUAUCUUAUAUUUAUUUCGUGAAUUAUCAUACUUUAUACAAAUAUUGCUAUGGAUGAAUUAUUUUGAUAAUGUUGAACAUUAAGUUAUUGGUUUUAUUGAGUGUUUUAAAUUUUUGUUAUAUAUCGCACUAUAUGUUGUAUUCAUGUUGGUGACUUCUUAAAUGAGUUGAUCACUUAUAUAUUUAAAAAACUACAUCUUAUUUAUUAAAAAAUUUUGCCCUUCGUAUGUACGUUGAAAAAUAAAGCAAAUAUAACAAAUAACAUUAUCUAUCAAAUGUACGUCAUGUGAGAAUGUCAUUGCGAUACGACUGUUAGUUGAUACAUCAUGCAUUGGCGCCACCUCCUAUCAUAAGCGCCAUCCCCUAAGCAUUGGCUCCAUCUCUUUUAGAAAAAUGCAAAAUGAUCUACUAAGUCGGCAAGAAGCCAAUAUAUUUGUGCAUGCAGCAAGUAAUGUAUGUUGUACGCAAUCGGUUGAUGCCGUUAGCAAUAAAUUGGGUGGAAAUUUUCUCGUCACACAGGAAAAACUCAUCGAAAUGCUUUUAAAACCCCACCAUGCCACUACUUAAAAGGUUCUCACAUUUUUAAACGGAUUGAGAUUUUAUGUUUCUGCACAUUUUUGCAUGAAUUAAUCUUCGCUGAAUCGCACUACAUUGCUCGAUUUUAAAAAUAAUGCAAAAUAUGUUGAAAAAACAUAUAAAACCUAAUCACCCUAUACAUUAUCCAUUAAAUUACAAAAUAUCCGGGCUGAAGCGCCAUCUCGGAAAGUGCAUUGGCUCAUUAAUUAAUGCAUCUCAAAAAAGAGGUGGCGCGCGUAAUUAACGGCUGUUAGAUAAGGGUGUGCAAUCCGUCCAAGCUAUUUUCCGCCUUGAAUUGUAUUUUGUUAAGCAGAGACCUCCGUAACACAAAAAAUUAAAAAAAUAGUUAAAUGUCAUAAACUGCAAAGGCUAAUCUGGGAUGAUACUUUACGCACAUGCAUAAAGCCUGGUUUCCCCCAAAAUGCUGCUCAUUUUUAUGCCCCCUUUCGAAGAAGAGGGGGUAUAUUGCUUUGCUCAUGUCGGUCUGUCGGUCCGUCCACCAGGUGGUUGUCAGACGAUAACUCAAGAACGCUUGGGCCUAGGAUCAUGAAACUUCAUAGGUACAUUGAUCAUGACUCGCUGAUGACCCCUAUUGAUUUUGAUGUCACUAGGUCAAAGGUCAAGGUCACCGUGACCAGAAAUAGUAAAAUGGUUUUUGAAUGAUAACUCAAGAACGCAUACGCCUAGGAUCAUGAAACUUCAUGGGUAGAUUGAUCAUGACUUGCAGAUGACCCCUAUUGAUUUUGAGGUCAAAGGUCAAGGUCACGGUGACCCGAAGUAGUAAAAUGAUUUUCGGAUGAUAACUCAAGAACGCUUUUGCCUAGGAUCAUGACACUUCAUAGGUACAUUGAUCGUGACCCGCAGAUGACCCCUAUUGAUUUUCAGGUCACUAGGUCAAAGGUCAAGGUCACAGUGACAAAAAACGUAUUCACACAAUGGCUGCCACUACAACGGACAGCCCAUAUGGGGGGCAUGCAUGUUUUACAAACAGCCCUUGUUGUUUUUUUUCUAUUAAAGAUCAUCUUAUAAAUGACCACCACACCCUCACACUAUACACCCCACCCCUCACCCCAAAAAAAUAAUUCGUAUGCCCCCUGUAGAGUUGCAUAUAGCAGUUGAACUGUCCCUCAGUAUGUCAGUCAGUCUGUCUGUCCGUCCGCAAAAAACUUUAACAUUGGCCAUAACUUUUUCACUUUUUAAGAUAGCAACUUGAUAUUUGGCAUGCAUGUGUAUCUCAUGGAGCUGCACAUUUUGAGUGGUGAAAGGUCAAGGUCAUCUUUCAAGGUCAAAUGUCAAAUUUAUGGUGUCUGUCCGUCUGAAAACUUUAACAUUGGCCAUCACUUUUUCAAUAUUGAAGAUAGCAACUUGAUAUUUAGCAUGCAUGUGUAUGCAUGGAGCUGAACAUUUUGAGUGGUGAAAGGUGAAUGUGAAGGUCAUCCUUCAAGGUCAAAUGUCAAAUAUUUGGCGUCUGUCCGUCCAAAAACUUUAACAUUGGCCAUAACUUUUUUAAUAUUGAAGAUAGCAACUUGAUAUUUGGCAUGCAUGUGUAUCUCAUGAAGCUGCACAUUUUGAGUGGUGGAAGGUCAAGGUCAUCUUCAAGGUCAAAAAAAAAAUCAAAGCGGCGUUCUCAUGAAGCUGCACAUUUGGAGUGGUGUAAGCUCAAGGUCAUCCUUCAAGGUCAAGGUCAUCCUUCAAGGUCAAAGGUCAAAAAACAAACAUAAAAUUUCAAAGCGGCAUUAUGAUGAAGCUGCACAUUUUAAGUGAUGGGAGUUCAAGGUCAUGGUCGUUCUUCAAGGUCAAGGUCAUCCUUCAAGGUAAAAAAAAAAUUCAAAGCGGCGUUAUCAUGAAGCUGCACAUUUUGAGUGGUGUAGGUUCAAGGUCAAGAUCAUCCUUCAAGGUCAAGGUCAUCCUUCAAGGUCAAAAGUCAAACAAAAUAUAAAAAAAUUAAAAGCGGCAUUAUCAUGAAGCUGCACAUUUUGAGUGGUGGAAGUUCAAGGUCAAGAUCAUCCUUCAAAGUCAAAAAAAAUAAUAUAAAUUUCAAAGCGGUGUU